AUGCCAAAUACAAUUUUUCAUUUAAGUUUUGCCAAAUUUGUUGAUUAUUUAGCGAAUGGCAAACAUUGGAUUUCUCCAUUUUCUUCUUCUGUUGAUUUACAUCAAUGUCUUCAUUGUACUUUUCAUUCACACAGUCACUUCUUUGCUUUUGGAAAUCUUGUUAGCUGCUUUAGAACUUCACCAAUUUAUCCAUUGAAUGUUUAUUUUAGCCAAUUAUUUUCUUCAAAAAUUGAGAAUGAAAUGGAUAAUUUACAAAAUAUUAGUCCGAAAAUUAGGGAAGUUUUGGAUGGAAAAGGUACUCCAAUGCCUGAUAUUGGUGCAAUUAUAGCUAUUUCUUUACUUUCUGAUGAAUAUUUAACAAUUAUUAAUUCAUCUUCCCAAAAAGAUUUUAUAGAAGUCCCAAUCUCUGAUCAAAAAAUGCAAUGUAAUGUAAAGAUUUAUUUUGCUAAUGAUUUUUCUAAAUUUCGUUCAAAUUUUCUUUCCAGCAGCGAAAAAGAUUAUGUUAAUUCACUUUCAACGUCCUCUCCGUGGUAUCCUCAAGGCGGAAAAAGUGGUAAGAUUUAA